AUGCGACGAAACACUAAUGGAUUAAUCGCCACCGCAUUGCUUAUCAUAGCUGUAGGAGUGUAUUUUUUCAUUACUCGUCUACCGCGUUGCAGUCGUAAAUUGACUAUUACUACAUUCUCUCCAUCUGGGUUGCUAAGAAUCAAUGUUUCCAUAUUUCACACGUGGCAUAUUCCGGACUGGGUUCAACGAUAUAAUGUGAGUCAUUUAUUUGACUGGACGUGGCAUAAGAACGGGGAUUAUGAGCGUUGUCAAAAUAGGAUCACUCCACCACCACAUACAUUCGGGUGUAGGGCUGAAUCCCCGACUGUCGUAAAUGAUGCUCUUGAGUAUUUUCGUUCUCAUUAUGAUGAAGGAUGCAUUGUAGAUAACGCUGCUCGUUUGCCAAAUUUAGUUCCUCAUCCUUUGCCCCGCGCUCGCUCUUUCUUCAACACAUGUUAUUCGCUUCAUAUUAAUCGUGCAUGGGCUUUAUGUCGACAACGACAGUCAGAACUCGAUGGCUUCCUUCCAGCAACCACGCGAUUUGUAACAAUCGCUGCAUUCAACGCAUUUGUCGAUACUGGUCACUGCCAUGCAGAUGUACCGGGAACAGUUUUUACUGAAGAGGCUACUUUUCAUCUUCAGGGGUGGACUGGUAAGUCCUGUGGCAAUGAUGCUAUUGAUAGAAUUCCACAGAUUGAGCCUAAAUACCGACACAAAGAAUUAAUCAAUUCGAUUGGAACUUAUCUUCAUGCUCCAGGGCACUUUGGACCUCAGCAACUGCCACGGCUAUUGCGUCUGCUUGCAACUGCACCUGAAACAGCUAAAGUUCUAGUCGCAAAAGGAGGCGUUGCUGAUUCUUUACUUGAUGUUCUGAUUGAGCGAGGUGUAGUUACGCGUGACCGGAUUGUUCCGUUUGAUCAAAACGCGCGUCCAAAUCACUUCGCUAAUAUGGUUUAUCGGAGCGAUUCCUGGCCAUAUUUAAGAGGUAAAGAGGGCGCCGUUUGUAUUCAUGAUCGCACUGACAUGCAACUCGUCCACCGAGUCUUAGUUGGCGAUGAGCAGCCACCAAUCAGCAAACGAGAUCGUCUUAUUCUCAUAAAAAGAAAAGAUGGGCAUGCAAGAUCCAUCGUUGAACAUUUGGACAUGGCUUUACUUAUGGCAUCUGUGGUCAACAAAUCUAAAGUGCCCUUGAAUCUGCAUAUCGAAGUCUUUGAAGCUCGAGGGCAUAUUCGUGAUCAUAUUGCUCUAUUCCGCCGAGCACGUGUGAUUAUUGGUCCUCAUGGAGCUGGUAUGAUGAAUAUUUUAUGGGCAUCACCAGGAACACGCGUGGUUGAGGUAGGAUACACUACAGGAAUGACUUUCCCUGAGAUGUACGCCGAGAUGAGUCUUCAUUUGGAACACCACUACUGGGUCUGUAAAGGAUAUGGAGAUUAUUCUUCUCCGAUUCAUGUGGACAUGGAAGAUUUCACUUAUAUCUUCAAUGAAAUCAUUCAUGAAAUUGAAAUCGAGGAUCAAUUGUCUUCAUGGCCGUAA